AUGUCUCGACGACUCCUCUCCAAUGCACACGGGAGCUCGCGCCACGGAAGCUCGAGGCCAGGAACCGGCCGGGGACCCUCGAGUAACCAGCGGCAACGACAACAACAAGGUCAGGAAAUGCCCACGUACGAGCCGCCCUCGUUUGCCCUCGACGCCCGCGGUCGCCAGGCCCUCGCCGAGCUCUCCAAGAACACGACCGAGGCGCGCAAGUACGGCGCCGAGCUGGAAAAGAGCGUCCGUCUGCUCGGCGAGAGCGUCGCCGAGGUCAAUGACCGGUUCACGGAGCGCAAGCAGGUGCUGGCGCGGCACCUCGAGAGACGUCGCGAGCGCGCUGCCGACGACGAGGACGAAGAGGAGGAGGAUGAUGAGACGAGGGCGCUCCGCGCUGCUGUUGAUUUGCUCAAGAAGGAGGUCCCCGAAUUGACGAAGCGAUGCGACGAGGGCGUGCGCGAGGUUAUUGAUUGGAUGGUGGAGAUGGAGGAUUCCCGGACUGCUUCAGCGAAUACGGUGCAGGAGGUUGAGCAGGAGAGUAUACGUGCUGCGGACCGGGCGGCAGCCGCACAAGCGAGAGCAAACUGGCGACAACAGCAGCGAGAGCGGCAGAUCGAGAGCGGGCAAGACGUGGGAGAUGAUGACGAGGAGGAGCCCGAGGAGGAGGAGGAGAGGGCAGAACCAUUCAAGGGCCCCCUCAAGCGCCUUCACGACAACAAGGCUCAGCUCCACGCCGACUAUGAGGGCAAGAGCUUGUACCAGCGCUACGGCCUGAACAAUGACUACAUUCAGUUCAAGAAGCUGUGGCAUGAUGCCGCACACCGGGAUGGUAAAGCGCUGCCCGACGCUUCCAAGUGGUUUUCGUCGCGCCACAAUGACGGCGAGGAAGAUGGCGACGAAGAGGAAGAGGAUGAUGACCUUAUCCUCGCGCGCGAAAAGAAGGACCUCCGAUGUCCCCUCAGCAUGGUCAUGAUGCAAGAGCCAUACACGAGCGCCAAGUGCAAUCACACGUUUGAGAAGAAGGCUAUUCAAGAGUUUCUCAAAAGUCACGCUGGACGCAAGGCAAGGUGUCCCCAGACGGGUUGUAACCAGGAGGUGUCAAUUCGUGAUUUCAGUUUAGAUCAGUUCAUGCUCCGCCAAAUCAAGCGCGCACAGAGACAAGAUGUCGACGAUGACGAUGAUGAGGACGAUCAAGUAGAAGAGCACGACCUUAGUAUGCGUGUCACUUCACAUCGGAACAUUAAGAAGGAGCCCAGAAAUCGUGGCACAGUGAAUGCCGAGCAUGAUGAAGAGGAAGAGGACUAG